GAGCGCUUAUUGCGGAAUGAGUACCGUAACAGUAUUAUUGUGUAACUAUUUUUAUUGACACAAUUGCAUUAUUUAUAAAAUAAAAAAUAAAUAAAAAUGCCUGACCUAGAGAAGCUUUUAAAACAAGCAGCAAUGCAAGUAGGAGCCGGUGGAAGUGCGGGAUUCAUUGAAGUCUGUAUUAUGCAUCCUCUGGACCUCGUAAAAACGAGAUUACAAUUGCAAGCAAAUAAAUCAUUAUUGAAAAGUUCAGAUCCUCACUAUUAUAAUGGAAUAAUAGAUUGUAUGAAAAAAAUGUAUCGUUAUGAAGGAUUAACCUCAUUCUGGAAAGGGAUCUUGCCGCCAAUUUUAGCCGAAACCCCGAAACGUGCAGUGAAAUUUUUAACAUUUGAACAGUAUAAAAAAAUCUUUAUGUUCGGCUCCAGUACACCCACUCCUUUAACAUUUGCGCUGGCAGGUCUUGGAGCGGGAAUCACAGAAGCGAUCUUAGUAAAUCCUUUUGAAGUGGUCAAGGUGACCCUCCAAUCCAAUAAAGCUUUAGCAGCCCACGUACCGAGUACGUGGACUGUAACGCGGCAAAUUGUAAGAGAAAAUGGACUUGGCUUUCGAGGACUGAACAAAGGUCUAACAGCGACAAUAGCCAGGAAUGGCAUAUUUAACAUGGUUUAUUUUGGAUUUUAUCACAGUUUUAAGGGAUAUUUACCUGAAUAUGAGGAUCCACUUUUAGAGUUUGGAAGAAAAGUAGCUCUCGGUUUCACGUCUGGUGUUCUCGGAUCUUGUGUAAAUAUCCCAUUUGAUGUUGCAAAAAGCCGCAUCCAAGGUCCACAGCCAACACCAGGUCUCAUUAAAUACAGCUCAACGACAGGGGCAAUCUUAUUAGUGUAUAGAGAGGAAGGAUUCCGUGCCCUCUAUAAAGGAUUACUACCAAAGGUACUUCGAUUAGGGCCAGGUGGUGCUAUUAUGCUUGUGGUAUAUGAUUAUGUUUACAACUUCCUAGAAAAAAAAUUCGAAGAUAAGUCAAACAUUUAGUUGAACUGUACUUAUAUUCCACUUUUGUACACACUGGAAUUUACUAAGACUCUAGAAAAAGUUUUGGCAAUUUCGCAGCGUAUGCAUUAUAAAUAGCAAUUGGUAUACGAUAUCAGGUGCUUAUCAUCAUCAAUGUUAGAGUAUCUAGAGGAAAACAAGUUCUAAAAAAACACCUUAGUGAAAGUGGUUUAUUUAUAGACGCGACGACUUAGGACUACCAUUUCAUUAUAUUGUGUAAUUUUUUACCAACGUAGUUUGUGAGUAAAGCGCACUCAAGUGAACAUACAUACAAAAAUCUUCAGAAUCAUACUAAGAAGUGAAGAUUAUAAUAUAUUUUUUAUUCGAACAUUCAAACGUAGUAGGUUUACGAAUAAGAUAAUAGGCUUGGUAUUUCUGUGAUGAGCAUUUUUUGCCUUUUAUAGUAUUAACAGCAUACUGAACGUCUUGGUAUACAGGUCUGAAGCAUUUAAGAUUUUAAGCCGACGACAUACUAUGUUUUACUUACGCUUAAAUAGAAAUAUCGUAAGUAGUGUGUAAACAGAACAAUCUUGAGUGUGAAACAUAACGAUCGGGUCUAAAGGUGAAUCAAAGCUUAUCUCAUUACAUUGAAGUAAACCACAUCCAAAAGGUUAAGUACCUUUUUUUAAGCGUGUACAAAUUGACAGACUAACUAAUAAAACGUUUAUCUUAAACGGCAAUAAAAUAUAUUGAGAGUAAAUUUAAGAAAAUACGUACUGUUUUACAAUCCUUAUGGAUACAUCAUCUUAUUUAUUUUUAAGUUAAUUUAAUAUCAUUUA